CAACGGCGCAAACCAGUACGCCGAAAACCACCAAAGUGUUCACGUAAUGAUGAUGAAGUAGGUUUUGGAGGAGGACCGACGGAUUUGUCCUUGUUAACGGAGUACGAUAAGCAUAUGGCUAUUCCGAUAUGGUAUGCAGACCCAAAUGACAAAGAGGAAUCAUGACGGACGACAAAGUUGGCCGAACAAGACGUGGCGGUGCAAGCAAAGCACAUAGCUCUGCACGUAGACAGGCUGCGGUCAAUGUAGAUAAAAUUCCAAGUCGAGCUAAAGGGAAAGCAGUUUCAACCACGAUGGAUGAGCCUCGACCGGAGGAUGCAGAAUCGCAAGAGGAGAAUGAAGACGUGGAAGAAAAUAUUUCUGAAGAAGGGGAAGAGGAAGGGGAGGAAGGGGAGGAAGGAGUGGAUGAGGAAGCGGAGGAAGCGGAUGAGGAAGCGGAUGAAGAGGGGGAUGAUGAUGGGGAAGAAGAAGUUGAUGAGGAAGCGGAAGAGGAAAUGGAGGAGGAAGAGGAGGCUGAACAACCACCACCAGAACCUAAAAAAUCACGGAAAAAGGUUACGCGAGUAACACAAGGAAGGAACCCACCACGAGUAAAACCACCACCAGUUACAUGUUAUGAUGGUGGUCCGUCUGACUUGUCUUUGUUGUCGGGAUUUGGAAAACAUGUUGCUGUACCGUUGUGGAAAGGAGAGCUCCAAUCCCGGUAUUUGAGGGUAAUGAACAACGGGAAAAAAAUCAACAAUUUCAAGAUAUGUCCGAAAGAGUACUCGUGGUUUUGGAAUGUCGUUAAUGCGUCCGGACUCGAAACUCUGCGGCGGACAAAUUACAAUCACACCGAUUGGGGUCUGUUGACGGCAUUUGCAGAGCGAUGGCAUCCUGAGACCGGAACUUUCCAUCUUCCUAUUGGUGAGAUGACUAUAACCUUGGACGACGUGUCCUCAUUGCUUCAUAUUCCGAUUACCGGAAAAAUGCUCGACCACAACGGAACGUCAUGUACAAAGGAAGAUGGUGAAGAGAUGUGCGUAGAGUAUCUGAACUUCCCUAUUAGUAAGUGCAAGAAAGAGUUUCAAAAAAUGAAAGGAGCACAUAUAGGGUUUAAGGCGUUGAAGGAUUUGUAUCUCGAUAAUUUGAAGGAUGCCUUGAAAGCUGAAAGGUUAAAGAAGCCUGCUGAAGAUGUGGAAUUCCUCAGGGAAUGCACCAUUAGAUGCUAUUUGCUCUACUUGAUCGGUGCAACCAUUUUCACCAACAAAAGUAUGCAGUACGUGGACGUCAUUUUUCUUACCUACUUGCGAGACCUCAGUUUAGUUAACACGUGGAAUUGGGGUGCUUCUGGGCUGGCAUAUCUGUACAACUACUUGGAUGCUGCAAGCCGCCCGAGAUGUGGAAAUCAUGGUGGUUAUAACUGUCUAUUUCAGGCCUGGAUUAUGGCGCAUUUCAAAACUUUUGGUGGACGUUUUGUUGAUGAGAGAUACACCCACGACAAUCCCUAUGCGGCAAGAUUUUUGCCUUUAAAAGGACCAAAAUUUCCAGGGCAGCAUAGGUCCGCAUUGGAUACAAUGCGCAUGGAUGAAGUGGUGUUUUGCCCAUAUGAGGAGCACCGGCAAACCAGACCCUUUCAAGAUAUCAGUUGGUACACUGGUUGGAUUAUGUGUGGAAGUGCUAUUAUCAAUCCACACUUGCCAGAACGUGUCCUCCGACAAUUUGGACAUGUCCAGUCUAUCCCUAGGCACCCUGAUGUAUCUGCAAAGGCUGGUAUGAAUCGGUUUACGAUUGCUGAUGCAUUUGCUUCCUACCUGACUGCCAACUAUGUGACAGAGGAGAUGCGAGGACCAAAAGUUGUGCGUGCAUUUGAUACCGUACCCGGAUACAUUCCAUGGUUAUACCGUGUUUCUCAUCCGAAGAUAUUGCCACUGGUUGAAGCGGAUCCACCAACACAUGCUAACCUUGAGGAGGACAACGUGAGUGGUGAAUGCGACGUGUCUGAAGUGACUAAGAAGGUUCGAGCGGAUUUGAGGAAAGCGCUCGAUGGUCAACUCAAUUUGGCCGAUGCUUUGGUGGUUAUUGAAAAAGCCUACACUGAUUUGGAGCCUGUAGAUGCAUAUUUGGUGCGACGGAAGAGGAAAAGAGACUCGGGUGAAGGAACAAAGAAGAGGAAGAAGAAGAAGAAGACAACAACGGAAGAUGCCGGAACAAGCAGCUUGUAG